AUGCGGUGGUCCGGGCCUAUGCCGACGACGUGGGCGCAGUGUUUCCUUCUGGCGCUGGGUCCUUCCCGACGCUCAUUCAGAUUUUCGAGGAGUUCGCUCGGAUCUCGGGACUGCGUCUCAGCUUACCAAAGACGGUGAUCGUCCCAAUGUUCCUGCAGGAGCUGCCGGAGUUUGCUGCUGCGGUUGCUUGGAACUUCCCUGCUUGGGCCGGAAUACGCACAGAGCGUCACGCCAAGUAUCUCGGCUUCGUGCUGGGCCCCGACCGCGGCGAACGAUCCUUCGAGAAACCGCUGCAGAAGCUGAAGACAAGGGCGGAGGCUGCCGCCUUCCGCUCCCUGGUGCGAGGGCCUGGUGCCUGGUGCGUGCCGAACGACCUGCGCAACCUCCGCGCGUUCGGUUUCCUGCAGGAGGUCCCGGACGCCGCGCUGCUCUCGCUGGCGAGCCGGUUUCGAGUGGCGCACUUGGAGGCGAAGCCGACCGGGCUUCGCGCGGAGCAGCGUGCGCGCGAGCUUCGCCACUGGCUGACAAAUACUGAGCACGCGGUGAGGAUGGGGACUUGGGCGUCUUGGUUCCAACGGGCGUUCACUGUGCAGCUGGAGGACGCAGUUCUUCACUUUCGACGCGCCGGAAUCACCCCGCUGGCGCUGGAAAACGAGCUGGCCGGCGACGAGCAGAGGCCUUUCCCGCAGAGCACUGCUCACCGAGUGUGUCGUCGCUUCCAGGGCGCCGCGCUGGCCGCUUUGCCCGCGCCUCCGACGACCUGCAUUGAGACGAGGACCCGCCACAAGCUGGAAUAUUGGGACGUCCCGCAACUCCCGCGCAUACGCGCCCAGCGCUGCCUGCAGGCGCUCGGCCGCUUGUCGGCGAUGGUCGCGCCGAGAGUGCUCGCGGCGACGUGGCGCACGCAGUGGAACGGGUGGGUCACCUUCCGACGCUUCCAAGGGCGAG